AUGACCGACACAAAGAAGGAAGUGAUCAACGAACUGUACAACGCGGCGUUAGUAAGAGCCGGAGUUGCCGGACUGUCUAGGGUGACCAGAAAAGCGUUUGGAGAAAGUCUCGGAGCGCCGGUGACUUUAAAAGGAGCCAGCCAUGAAACUGACUGUCGGAAUUGCCGGCAGCGCUGUGGUGGUGAGUUACCUGAAAAACAAGGGUUACAUUCCGAUCAGUAUUGACAAGUAAAAACGGAUGACAUCAGGUCGUUCCGUAAGGGCGGAGCCUAGCUCGUCGUGCCCUGGACGCUGACAGAAAUCAUAAAUAAAAUAAAAUAUGACAUCCGUUGUUGCAGGAGGAGUUUUUAAUGCCGUGGCCUUUGCCGGGGCCGGAUUUCUUUUCUCGAAAUUAAAUGGAUAAGUAUACAAAGAAGAAGUGAAAAGACAUAACCAAACAUUGGAAAAACUUGCGAAAGCAAAAGAAAAAUUUUAUGAAUCCGAAGUAAAGCGUAGGAACGACGAAGCCCGACGUCGAGCCGAGAUCCUGGAUGCUAACAAGGACAAUGAGGAAACAAACAGAGCGCUGGAAGAUUUAAGAAAUUUUACGAGACUUAUGAACGACUCAGUAUCCCGGCGGAAACCAAAAUUGGAAGAUUAUUAUCAACCGUCGGAAGAAAUGAAAACGCAUAUAUGCCAUGAUGACGAUGGGUGUUUUGGGAGUUGA